CACACACAACACACCAAAUUAUGCUUUGAUGAAGAUCAUGAUUAUCAUCAUGAUAAUAAAUAAUAUGUAUUUGUUGUAAUCUUAGAGAAUGCAAUGAAGGAUCCCAGGAUCGGCCGUGCAAUGGGGCUUUGCAAGAAGCUGGUCAGCAGCUUCUCCUACAGUUGGAAAAAGAAGAGGGAACUUGCAGUGGCACAGCAGCAGCUGAAUCUGCCUGAACACUCCCUAAAGACAGAAUGUCCAACCAGAUGGGGAUCUAGGCAGGCCAUGAUCGACAGGGUCCUCGAGCAGCAGAAGGCCAUUGCACAGGUCCUUUCCAGCGACCGGAAAACCAGACAUCUCUCCCUCACGUGGCAGGACGUUGAUGUACUGGAGGCAAUCAAUAAGUCGCUUAGCCCUCUGGUGGAAUUCACAGAUGCACUUUCUGGAGAGAAGUAUGUAAGUGUGUCUUUUUUUUAAACCAACCCUGCACCUCUUCAACAACUCAUUGCUGGCAGUGCAGGAGGAUGACACAGACCUCACAAAAAGCAUAAAAAAGAAGAUACUAGACUAUCUCAAUGACAAAUAUGAUGACGCAGCGACACAAGAGCUGCUUGACAUGGCCUCUGCCCUGGACCCGAGGUUCAAGCUCAAAUAUGUCAGUGAGGACAAUCGAGGAUCCAUUGAAGCCAGCCUGACAACUGAGAUGAGGAGGAUGAUGACACUCAUGGAGAACGCCCCUCUUGAGACGGCAGCGGUGCCUGCCGAUGACACGGAGGAUGCUGCUGCAGCUGCACCAAAGAAGAAGGGACUGGGGAGCUUCUUCAAGGCCACCGUAGACCAAGCUGCAGAACCUCAACCUGCUCUGGAAAAGGACAAGGCCAUAGCUCUUGAGCUACAGUCCUACCUCCAGGCAGUGCCACUGGAUGCUGAGGAGGACCCACUAAAGUGGUGGAGGGAAUCCCGGAAGUUCUACCCACGGCUCUCCAUCCUGGCAAGGAAGUAUCUGUGCAUCCCAGCCACAAGUUCCUCUUCAGAGAGGGUCUUCAGUACGGGUGGCAAUAUUGUCACCUGCCUGCGCUCAUCUCUGAAACCAGACCAUGUAAACAGGCUGGUGUUUCUUGCAAAAAACCUUUAAGAGAUGACAUGAGCAGCUCUACCAUA